AUGUCCGACCCGGAAGAUGAGGAACCCGCGAUGGAGGAGGAGGAGGAGGAGGAGCUCGAGGUGGAGGAGGGCGACGAGGAACAGUUCGAGGAGGGAGAGGAGGGAGAGGAGCUCGAAGAAGGCGAAGAGGGCGAGAUGGAAGAGGGCGAAGAAGGCGAGGAGGAUCUCGAGGAAGGCGAGGAGGAACCCGAGGAGGAACCCGAGGAGGGCGAAUACGAGGAGGAGGACGACGGCGACGUCGCGGACGAGUUCAGCGAGGAACGUCCGGACGCCUCACCCGAGGGUCGGAAGAGCAAAUCGUCCAAGGGCGGUAGGUCCUCCAAGGGACCCGAUCCCGAGUACCCCACCGAACCGGAAUCCGACUCGGACGACGACGCGCUCUCCAGGCGCAGGCGCAAGAACAAGCUGAGCAAGGCGGCGAGGGACCCGUACAGGUUCGUCCGCGACAGCGACGACGAGUCCAUCAGCUCGGGCCGCGACCGGAGGGGCGGCGAGCCCUGGCGCACCAAGAUGGACGGCAAGACGGAGUACAACACUCUCGCCAACGAGGUGAGGAAUUACUCCAUGCACAGGCCCCCGGGUCCCGACGGGCGAGCGCACAGGAUGGAGGACCUGCCGGUGAAGCUCGCGUUCGAGCACCUCUCCUCGCUCGCGGGCAUGAGCGAAAAAGUUCAGAACGCGAUCAACCUGAGCCGCAACCUGUUCCAGCGCCGCGUCGACAAGAUGGAGAAGGGCGUCAUGUUCAAGGCGUGGCGCGGCUGGCUCCUGGUGCAGCACGACUUCAACAACAAGCGCAACAUCCUGACCCGCGCGGUGAACAAGAUGAAGAGACGCAGGCUGUACAAGGCGUUCUCCAAGUGGGCCGAGCUGCACAACAAGGCGCAUCGACCCUCGCACUUUGACAAAGCCGCGCGGGCGGUGGUCCUCGGCGGGUGCAGACGGAGGACCUUUGGCGCGUGGCGCGAGCACACCAAGGACGUCAGGCGCCAGUUUAAGAUGGCGGCACACACCGCGCGGAUGCGCGAGGAGUUCCUCGAGAGGCUGGUGGAGGCUGGCCUGAGGCAGGUCAUGCACAAGCGCAUCCGCCGAGCGUGGGAUGCCUUUGACAAGUUCAGCGAGGUGCGCCGCGCCAAGCGCAACAAGGCGCGACAAGUGAUUGGCCGCGCCAUGAACAGGGAGCAGGCCAGGGCAUUUGGCCGGUGGAGAGAGUACGUAGCGCAGCUCAACAAGCAGCACGGGCAGCUCAAGCGCGCCGUGGCGCGCAUGUCCAAGGCGACAAUGGCUCGCGCCUUUGACGCCUGGCAGGGCCAGCAACUGCACAAGAAGCGAUGCCUGAUGAAGAUCAUCAAGGGCACGCAGGCCAGGGCGUUCGCCAAGUGGCAGGACAACCUGCGCUUGCUGCGCAAGGCCAGGAUCGUGUUUGCGCGAUGGAACCAGCGCACGCGCUACGCGGCGUUUAAUGGAUGGUGGCUCAACGUCGAGGAGAAGCGGCGGCAGACGGAGAUGUGCUCCAAGAUUUGCAAGCGCAUCCUCAACCGCGCCGUGCGCAACGCGUGGGCGCAGUGGAUGUACUGCGUGGAGCAGAGCUUCGGGUGCACGCUGGAGCAGGUCAAGGCUCUGCGCGAUCAGAACGCCAGGCUUCGCCGCGAUAACGAGCGGUUCGUGCGGCUCGUGGAUUCCGGCGAGUGGGGUCGCGGUCGGGUCGAGGAGCUCUCCGAAGCCGGCCGCCUGCUCAGGGACGAGCGCAAGCAGCUCGAGGAUCUCAUCAGGAGCAUCAAGGAUGAGAAGGACGGCUUCGUCAAGGAUGCCGAACUUCAGGCGAGGGAGGCGAGGGCGCUCAAGGACAGGCUCGUCAGCGGCAACUUUGUCCAACGAAACAAGCUGAACGUCCGCGGCGGAUCGGCUUUCAACUCCAUGCAGCGGGUUUUGAAGCAGGACCUCAUCGACAGCGGCGCCGCGGCCAGGCAGCGUCACAUGCUCGGAGGUGCCGUGCACAACGUUGACCGCCUCGCGAUGGACAAGGUUUCCGUUUUUGCCGACGGAGAGAUCCAGAUGCAGGCUGUCAAGAGGGCGCCGCCGCCGUUUGCCAGGGGCGGCGCGAGGAGGCCAGCGCCGCCGCCGCUGAGGGCCGCUCCGCCGCCCGUCCCGAUGCCGCGGACGACGGCGCCGCGACCGGCGAGCGCGCCAAGGGACGAAGAGGGGGAGAACGUGUUGGUGGAGGCGCUGUCGAGUCUCACCGCCGACGAGGUGGAUGCGCUGGAGGACAUUCUGAAGCGGGGCAGGACCGACGCCGCUUUGGUCUAA